AUGAACGAGAGCCGGUGCUACACUGAUUCGCCCGUGCUCACUGAACAUCAGCCGUUCAACCGGAAUGGAAAGGCACUCAGGGGAUCGAAGAAGAGUGUGCUGUUUUAUACGACCGACUGUGGCGACGAGAAGGAAGAUCUGGGACUUAAGCUUCAGCAGCGAUCGGUUUCUUUGACUGCUCUGCAUACUGGAGCUGGGACGCAGCAGCAGCUUCUAGAACCGAGAAUGGCGCAGCUAGAAACCUUGGAGGCAAAGAUGGCCAGCAUAGAAGUAUCUUUAUCUACCACACCGAGACGGAAAAAAGGUGGAAGUAUUUCUGGUGGAAUCACGUCACCAGCUGGUCACCGAAAUAGAGAUCAUUACAAGGAAUUAGAUGCUCUUCGUGUCGCAUUACGUGACAAAGAAAACAUCAUUCAAACAUUGAAAGGGCAACUGUGCAACACCCUAAGCAACCGAUUAGCAUUGCGUAAUGGCGCUCCACCCUUGACCGAGGCUGACAGAAAGGCAACCGAGGAACGGCUUCAGAGGUUGAGGCGCGAUGCAGACAAUAAACGGCUAGCGAUAAAAAACCUAAAGCUAGCCCUCGAACGUUUGGAUAUUACAGACAAUAUUGACGUUCGAAUUCAACAAGCCGAGUUAGAAUACAGACUUGGACGGGAGGAACUUGAACUUUUGACUCUCCGCGAGGAGAGCAGAGCUCUUCAAGCUGCCUUAGAAUUGGCGCAGACCCAAGAAAAACAAAAGAACGAUACAAUAUUCAGUUGUAUUUCUGGUUCUACGCAAGUUACGAUCCACGCGGUGGAAGUUAGCGCAGAUCCGAAAAGUCCCCGUUUCGGUGCUGGGCCAAGGGACGACACACCUGGCCUUUACGUCGAUUGGGCAGUUGAAGAUUCCGGGUUGUGCAAGGGGGACAGGAUCUUGGAAGUGAAUGGAAAACUUGUGGUGGGAGCUGGCAGAAGCGACUUGGCGAGGCUGUUGGCCGUUGCGCCCGAUGCGGCGCAAAUCGUGGUCCUUCGAAAAGGCGAGUCCCUCGCAGCACUCCGCACACUUCGAUCAGAUAACCUCAGGCUGACUCACAGGAUCGGGUAUCUCGAGGAACAGGUUAGGGAUCUUCUGGCACCAAGUAGAGCCGAAGUCUCCGCAGAUCCUCCGCCGACCCGCCAAGAACAAGUUCAGGUUUUCCAAAAGGGGCCACAGGUAACUGCGUUAGUCGCGAAUCUCCCUGGUCUUAAUGUGAGAAAUUCGAUGGAACUGCGGCAAAGUUUACCGACAGUGAGAAACAGGCACAGUGAUCAUUCGAAACGUUCGAUAGACACGAAGAGUACAAAGGAACUUGAUUUCUCGUCGGAUAGUGUUUCCAAUACUCAUCAGAAAUCCAGGAAUAAACAAAAGCAACAAGGAUUUCAAUUGACCAGACUGGCUGCAAGCUUGGAUUGCAAACAACCGCAGUUGCCCUCACAAUUACAACGUAGAAGACCAUCGGCUAUGGAACAUUUGUCGAAGAACCGCAAGAACUUGUCGCAGGUGCAACCCUUGGACUUCGAUUCUGAACCAACUUACUAUCGAUUGCAGGAUUCUCAAUCGCGGGCAUCAGAGAACUCUGAUGCAUCGGUGGUAUACAGUUCUUACGAAGCGAAAUCUCGUCCAGCACCGCCGAAGAAACCGCUCCGAUUGUCCCUACAUCGCGCGGCUAGUCUUCAGUCUGUAGAAAGUGCGCCACCUACUGCUCUUCACGACGUAAUCAAAAAAUCAACCAAGAGGAAUUAUAAAGGGGAUCCACCAACGGAGAAAUAUUCACGAACCGAGGCAAACGGAGAAACAAAUAAUCAAACGCAAGAAUUACAGUGUAAUCCACCUCAGCCUCCGCCAAGAACUCCUUCUAGAGCAGAAUCUUGUCAGAGUGCGUUACGAUGGCCUUCUCCUAAACCGAAACCGCAUUUAGCACCCGUUACGAUGGAAAAAUGGUGUUAA